AUGCAAAGGAACUUGAUCCCUCGCCCUACCAACGACCCGAAGGACCCAUUAACAUGGAGUACCUGGAGGAAGCAUCUUGCUUUCACAAGUAUUGCCUUCUUUGUCUUCCUUUCAAAUUAUAUCACAGCAGCAAUUGGGCCCGCCCUUGUUUCAAUUAUCAAAGAGUUCAACAUCAGUCAGACUCAAGCCGGAUAUCUCAUUACGCUGAACAUUCUUUCUCUUGGUGUGGGAAACCUCUUUUGGAUACCAUUUGCCGUGAAGUUCGGUAAGCGGCCUAUAAUUAUUCUGUCGUCAGCUAUCUUCUUCGGCUCGUCUAUAUGGAGUGCACUGGCUAAGUCUUACGGCUCCCUAUUAGGAGCGAGAAUCAUACAAGGAUUCGGGGCCAGCUCAUCUGAAGCAUUGGGUCCAGCAGUGGUGGCUGAUCUUUACUUUCUUCAUGAAAGAGGAACAAAAAUCGGAUUCUACACGUUUAUGAUUGGUGGCGGAAGUUCCAUUGGCGGCGUAUUUUCCGGACUUGUAAUGAAGUCAAGUAACAAUUGGAGAUGGGUUCAGUGGAUGUGCACGAUACUCACGGGUAUCUGUUUCGCCCUUACCGUCCUAUUCCAACCAGAAACGAACUUCAAAAGGUCGGCAGAAUCUGAACUUGGCGAAGGCCCUGAGGUACUUCCCCACGAACAAGGUCAAUACAGUUGGAUCCAGUCUCUGGAACUCUUCGGUGGAUAUAAUCGAGAAGGAAGUCUUCGCGCCUUCUUGCAACGUCCAAUCGAACUCAUUCUAUACCCCGGUAUUUUCUGGGCUGCAAUCACAUACGGCGUGACACUCGGAUGGGUUGUGUUACAACAAACCGUGAAUUCCGUGUAUUUUCCGGAGCAAUAUGGCUUCAACGCCUUGGCUGUGGGAGACAUCAGCGCCGCGACAAUCAUUGGCGCAUUAGCAGGUUGCUUCUUCGGUGGCCCAGUAAGCGACUGGAUUAGUGCGGCAAUAGCGAAGCGGAAGAAAGGCUUGUUUACUCCAGAGAUGCGACUGUGGACAUUGGUCCCGGCCUUCAUCCUCGGGCCCGUUGGCCUAAUGUUAUGGGGUGUAGGCCUUGGCAAAAACCUCCACUGGUCGGUUCCUAUUGCAGGAACUGCCAUUACCUAUGGGAUUUUGUGCUUAGUACCCGCUGUAGGGAUGAGCUAUGUCGUUGAUAGCUACAAACCUCUGGCAGGCGAGGCGAUAACUUCGUUGACGGCGUUCAAGAACACAUUCGCAUUCGGUAUCAGCUUUGCUGUUUUUCCAUGGCUUGAGAGAGAUGGUUUUAUCAAGAUGUCCGGGUAUAUGACGCUUAUUGAAGGUCUCACUUUCUUAACCACGGUCCCUCUCUUCUUGUAUGGGAAGCAGCUACGCAAAUUCACAAGCCGUUAUCAUGUCUAA